AUGAAAAAGUCUUUGCUGACCAUAUCAUUAAUAAUUAUAUUCUCUUCAUUCCUUUGCGUAUCAUCCACAAAUUCUGAUUGUGGACCACCCGCACAAUGCUAUGAUUAUCCAAACCCUUUAAAUCGAAACUACAAAAAACCCGUACCGUGUCCGGUGUCAAAACAAAAAAAACCAACAUUGAAUUUGGCAGCGAAAGGCUCAAAGAAGAACAUGUUUGAUGUUACUUUUACAUGUGGAGUAAAAAAUGCAGUGUUAUGUAAUAAAGUAAAAAAGACGUUUGAAACAGCAGGAAAUAUAAUAUCAUCCACCCUUAUAUUAAAUUCACCCAUAACUUUAAAUGCUAGUUUCGUCGAUUUUUGUGUUGUUAUGGGUGAAUGCGGUGGUAAAACAGGACUUGUAACUUUAGGUGGAGCAUCACCAGCACGUACAAUACCACUGCAAGAUGAUGACGGAUUAGUACGACUAUAUCCACAAGCACUUGUUAAACAAUUUCAAUUUAACAUACACCCAGAAUAUGGGCCUUAUGAUAUUUUAGCCAUGUUUAAUUCAGCUGGAACAAACUUUUGGUUUGAUGGAGACGGAAAAAUCAAACCAGAUCAACAAGACUUUUUAUAUGUAGUUUUGCAUGAAAUGAUUCAUGGGUUAGGUCUUGCAUCUAAUUGGGGAGAUUACAUAAACGACGACAACCCGACAGCAAUAACACCAGAUUUAUCUCUAGUAACAGAUGAUGAUUCAAAGCUUAAAUUUAAUGGAUUUAUGGAAAGCGCAUUUGAUAAAUACAUAAUAUAUUUGUCAAGUGGACGUAAAACCUCGGAGGUCACGGAUAAACUUAAUAAAUUUCCAGGAGGAACUGAUGCAAAGUUUUCCAAUAUGAAAGAAUUUAAGGCAAAAUUCAAGGCAUCACCACAAUAUGAAUUGGCACUUGACAUGAUGAAAACAAUGACCACACCGUAUUCGUUGGGGUUCUUACCGCAUGAUAGCACCGAAUCAGCGCAGGCGAUUAUUCUUGAAACAAAUUUGAACCCUUAUUGUCAAGGUUCAAGUGUUAGUCAUGUGGAUUUUAAUACGUAUAAUAAUACAUGUGAUUUUUUAAUGAAGUAUUUGGCAGACCAUGGGGCGACCAUGCGCACUAUUACAACAUCUCGGGGAUGCACAGAUGCUAUCGGUCCUGAACUAAUACUAAUUCUUGAAACUAUGGGAUAUGCAACUUCAAAUAACCCAAAUCCUUACAAACCAAAUGUCACUAUAACUUCAAAUAAUUUUAACCCAAAUAUUAAAGGAAUAGUUGAAUCUGUAUCACCUAAUCCAAAUUCAUCUCCAAAAAUGAUAAAUUUUGAUUUUGAAACUCUCAUAGUUCUUAAUCUAAUUGGUUUUAUAACUGUACGAUAUCUUUGA